AUAAAAAGAAAAUUAUUAAAAUAUUAUAAAAAUAAAACUUAAUAAUGAAGUUAUUUGCAAGUGCCAUAGUUAUAGUGAUUGCCUUGGCCAGUGAUUGUUGGGCCAAGGAUUGGUGGGAAAAUGGCAACUAUUAUCAAAUAUAUCCACGAUCCUUUCGUGACAGUGAUGGUGAUGGCAUUGGAGAUUUAAAUGGUAUCACCGAAAAACUUCAGUAUCUCAAGGAUAUAGGCUUUACUGCCACCUGGCUAUCGCCCAUAUUCAAAUCUCCCAUGGCUGAUUUUGGCUAUGACAUCUCCGACUUCUAUCAAAUACAUCCCGAAUAUGGCACCAUGGAAGAUUUUGAGAGAAUGAUUAAGAAAGCCAAAGAGGUUGGAAUAAAAAUUAUUCUCGAUUUUGUACCCAAUCACUCCAGCGAUGAGAAUGAAUGGUUUAGAAAAUCCGAAGACAAUGAUCCCGAAUAUCGUGAUUUCUAUGUUUGGCAUAAUGGAAAGAUUAGCUCACUAACUGGCGAACGUGAGCCACCCAGCAAUUGGUUGAGCGCCUUCCGUUACAGUGCCUGGCAAUGGAGCGAAAAGCGACAGCAAUAUUAUCUGCAUCAAUUUGCCAUUAAACAGCCUGACUUGAAUUAUCGCAAUCCCCAUGUGGUGGAAGAGAUGAAAAAUGUCAUGCGUUUCUGGUUGGGCAAAGGUAUUGCUGGCUUUCGCAUAGAUGCGGUGCCUUUCCUAUUCGAAAAAGACCUGGGAUCCAACAACAACUAUCUCGAUGAACCGGUCAAUGAAAAUUGUCCUGAUCCUAAUGAUUACUGCCAUCUGCAUCACAUCUAUACCAAUGAUCAACCCGAAACAUUCGAUAUGGCCUAUCAAUGGCGUGCUUUGGCGGAUGAGUUUAAAAGAGAACAUGGCGGCGACACUCGCAUACUGAUGACCGAAGCCUAUACCAGUUUUGAAAAUAUCAUGAAAUUCUAUGGUGAUGGACUGCGAAAUGGUUCGCACAUUCCCUUCAACUUUGAUUUUCUAUCGAGUGAACUCAAUUACUCAAAUGCCCAAGAAGUUGUGGAUCACAUUAAGAAAUGGAUGGCGGCUAUGCCCAAAGGUGUCCAUGCCAAUUGGGUAUUGGGUAAUCAUGACAAUCAUCGUUUGGCCUCCCGUUUGGGUGUCAAUAGGGCAGAUCUCUUUAAUAUAUUGCUGCAGACAUUGCCAGGAAAUGCGGUAACCUAUAAUGGUGAGGAGUUAGGUAUGACCGAUGUCUUUAUCAGCUGGGAGGAUUCUGUCGACCCUCAGGCCUGUAAUGCCAGCCCUGAAACGUAUUAUGCGGUAUCACGAGACGUAGCUCGUACCCCCUAUCAAUGGGAUGCCUCCAAUUUGGCCGGCUUCACCACCGGCGAUCACAGUUGGCUACCGGUUGCUGCCAAUUAUACCACUGUCAAUGCUUUGGCUCAAUUACGUGCCCCACAAUCGCACUUGCAAAUCUUUAAGAAAUUAGUGAAACUACGCAAAGAACCUUCUUUUCAAGAUGGUGAACUAAAAAUACAGGCCAUUGAGGAUGAUAUUGUCAUUUAUUCGCGUGAAAAGAAAGGCAGCGACCUAUAUGUGAUUGUCUUGAAUUUAGGCACUCACGAUAAAACCAUUAACAUUAAUAAGUAUUACGAUAUGGGCAAAAAGGCUGAAAUAAUAACAACAUCGAUGCAAUCGAAAAUGGUUGAUGGUCAAGUAAUCGAUCCCACUCAAUUUGUGGCCCAGGCUGAGGUGGGAACUGUUUUGGUUCAAGUUUUUGAUAUACAUGGAAGAUAUUAUCAUUAUGAUACUGUAUAAGAAAUUAAUUUAAAAUAAAAUUUUAUUUUUAAUAGA